AUGAGCUUCGCCAUUGAGGUGCCCGGGGCGGCGAACCCCCUGAGUCUGCAGGAGCUCUGCAAGGCCCUCGAAGCCGCCACGUCGAUGGACAGCAUACAGAGACAAGCAGCAGGAAAGCAGCUCAACACGUGGGAGACGCAGCAGGGCUACUUUCCCUCGCUGCAGUCCAUCUUCCUCGACAGGUCCAUCCCAAGAGAGAUACGAUUCCUAGCCAUAUUACAGAUAAAGAACGGCAUCGACAAGUACUGGCGCCUCAGCGCCAAGAAUACCAUAAAUCCCAAUGACAAGGGCUUGCUCAGGUCAAGGCUGUUUGAGGGCACCAUCGGCGAGGAGGACAGGGCCUUUGCUCUACACAACGCCCUCGCGACCGCCAAAGUCCUUCGCAUAGACUAUCCCGACUACUGGCCCGAAGCUCUUCCCAGUCUGAUCGAUCUGCUGAGGCGAUACAAGAAUGGCGACCAGCGGCUCCUGAGCGGUGCGCUCGUCCUUCUGCUGCGUAUUGUCAAGGAGCUGGGGGCUGCCCGGCUGCGUAAGUCGCAGACCGCGCUGCAGGCCGUCACACCUGAGCUGGUCUACCUCCUGGGGGAGAUAUACUCAGAGCGGACGAAUCUGUGGACCACCUGGCUGUCUUCUGGGCAGGGAGAUGAGGACCUGGCAAAUCUGGCCAUGCAGAACAGCCUCUCGGCCGCAAAGAUCUUGCGUCGACUAUUGAUCCUGGGCUAUGAGAAUCCCGCCAAAGACAAGGUUGUCGUCGAGUUCUGGUCGCUCACACAGAAUCAUUUUGGUCAAUUCCUCGGCUACGUCGGCCAUGACUCCAACAUCCCUGCGCCUCAUCAAGACGUGAUAGGGAAACACCUCCUGCAGUUUACGAAACUCCACCUUGAGAUGUCCGAGGGACAUCCUGCGAGCUUCCCCAUUCUACCCAACUCUGUUCCUCUUGUGCUUGCAUACUGGGAUCUCGUGGCAAAUUUUGCCCAAGUCUUCAACGAAUCUGGCGGCCUGAGGCAAACCACGAAUUCGGACGGCACCGGCUCCAAAUCGAAAGUUGAAGGGCCGUUGCUUGAGAGGUUGGCCCUCAAAGGGCUUCUUCUAGUGAAGAGUUGCGUGGCGAUCGUUUGGAAACCGGUCCAGACCUUCAAAUACAUCAGCAAAGAAUUUGUGCAGCAGAAGGAUGCAGCCGUUCAGGUCCUCCGAACCGAAUUACUAAAAGACGACCUCGUCAUGCAGAUCGUUAACGUCAUCAUCACCAAACUAUUGAUCUUCCGGAAAGCAGACCUCGAAGCCUGGGAGACAGAUCCGGAGGACUUUGAGGCAACAGAGCAAUACCUUGGGGAUGCUUGGCAAUUCAGCGUCAGGCCUUGCGCCGAAAGAGUCUUCUUGGAUCUACUGGUCUACUACAAAGAUCUCUUGACGCCUCCAUUGCUGUCAUACUUUCACCAGGCAACCAUCUCAGACGCAGAUGUCAUUACCAAGGACGCCAUAUACACCGCCAUGGGUGCUUCUGCCCCCAACAUAUCCCAGGCUUUCGAUUUUGACCAUUUCCUGUCAACGACCUUGGUACAAGACGCGCAGUCCACCGGGCCCCUCGCCAAGGUCCUCCGUCGCAGAAUAGCAAUCUUGAUCAGCACUUGGGUGCCAGUCAAGAUUGCCAACACAAGCCGGCCCCUCAUCUUCGACAUUUACCGCCAUAUCCUGAACGACAAAGACGAAAACAAUGACGAAGUGGUCCGCCUCACUGCAGCGAGACAGCUAAAGGACAUCGCGGACGACUUCGACUUUCCUGGAGAGCUGUUCGCCACCUACGCUCCAGACAUUCUGCCGCAGGUCAUCAACCUGCUUCCAGAUGUGGUAGUAGAGGACACAAAGCAGGCACUUUUCGAGACGCUGAGAGUAUGCAUACAGCGAAUGGAAGAGCACGUCCUACCAUUUGCGGACCCUAUUAUGUCAGCACUUCCGACCCUCUGGGAUGCUGCCGGCGACGCACACAUGACCAAGGCAGCCAUAAUAGCAGUUCUCGUGGCGCUUGUCACCUCAAUCGGGGCUGAGUCACGACGAUAUCAGUCAACGAUGCUUCCUAUCGUCGCCCAGUGCAUGAACGAUCCUUCGAACGAGGCCUUCCUGGAAGACAUUGUUGAUCUCUGGAGGUCCCUCAUUAUCCAAAGCGCGGCGCCUUUGUCCACAGAAAUGAUCAGCCUGCAACCUCUCGUCCUCCCUCUAAUCGAAAAUGAGCCUCAGCUUGCUGAGGCUGCUUUCGAGAUCCUCAAGGCAUAUAUCAUAUUGGCGCCUGAUGCCAUUCUAUCUGACGGCCUGCGAAGGAACACCUUACAAGCCCUAUCCACCCCCCUUCAAUCUCAAGCCCGCGGCCGCAGCGCGGAUGUCUUGACAAGCGACCGAACAAUGGAACUCAUCUUCCUUGCCGCCUCCAACCUUGGUGGCACCAAUGGCGUGUCCACCAUUGUGCAAGAUCUUGUUUCACUCGGACUCUUGCACACCAUGUUGCAACGCAUUCACGAGGAUUGGGAGCACACGCAGCUGACUGGUCCCAAUGCUGCGAAGAAGGAAGCUUUGGAGUGGUCCCACAAGCUGGCCUACUUUAGCAUCCUAGCACGCAUCGCCGUUGCCGACCCGAGUCUCCUUGUCUCCGCUCUCACCUCCCUCGGUGCCGGCGACUUCACGCAGAUCUGGCCUUGGUUUUCAACCCAGUGGUUCUCUGCGCUGACGUCUAUGGCCGACGUGGAGAGGCAAAAGCUGUCAUGCCUCGCUCUCACGCGCUUUGCCGAGCUAUCCCGGCCCGUCCAGGACCUCGUCUGCUCAUCGCUACAGGACUACUUCACCAUGUGGACGACCAUUGUUCUGGAGGUGCAUGACGGCAACGCAUUAGGCGAGGAUGGCCUUCUAUGGGAGACACCGCCCAUCAGCGAGGAAGGCACACCGCUCGAGAACAGCGAGUGUGUAGUCAUUGCCAAUGACCCUGUGCAUAAAAUACGAACCUAUGGAUUCAUCACGGAACGACUCCAGGGCCUUGUGGCAAGGGCUGGCGGGGAGGCGGCAUUCAGGGACGACUGGGUCGUGAAUGUAGAUAAGGAGGUUCUGGCCGGCUUCGAAAGGUUGGCGAAUGGGCCUGCGUCGUCGUAG